AUGCUCAACCUCCCAACGCUCCACACCUACCUCACACAACUGCUCUCACCCACAGACACCAUUCACACAGCGCUGCUUCUCACGCCAGAGGGUGCGGUUGUAUCUUUUGCCUUGGGUCUUCUCAGGACGCAGUCCUUGCAACGCUCGAAAGAUGAGAUAUGGAUCUUAGCCGGAUUGAGCGCCGAGGUGUGGGCUGAGACAAGGUGUGAAGAAGGGGAUGGGAAAGGGAUGGGGAUGGUUGAGAGUGAGCUGGGCCGAAUCGUAGUCGUCCCUGUCGAUGAUGCUAGCCCGGAGGUACAAGAUGAAAGGGAGCCAUUGCUAUUACUCGCUGUAAACGGGGGAGCAGAAGCUGAUUGGAAGACCAUGUGUGCAAAACGCACAUCCCUGCUCACCCUCCUCGGCAGUUCUCACCCAUCCCUCAACGCUAUCGCCCAAUACUACUUCCUCCACCCCUCCAAACAACUCCGACCCCUCCUCGUCCUUCUCUUCGCGCGUGCAACAAACGGACUAGGCGCUGAAUUCCCCCAAGUUCAAUGGGCAGCAGACCAUUCAAGAGCCCACCAACAAGAGCUCGACGCGCCUUUAACCCGCAAAGACGUGUUAUGCGAUUGGAAUCCUAGCAUGCCGGACCACACCGCGUCUUUUGAGAGCGCGUUCGAGAUGCCUCUUACGCAUAGUUUGCUUCCUACGCAGCUGCGCCUGGCUCAGAUCGUGGAGAUGAUACAUGUCGCUUCUCUUCUUCAUGAUGAUGUGCUUGACAAGUCCCCUUUGCGUCGUGGCGCAGCCAGUGCCCCAGCUGCUUUUGGAAACAAGUUGGCUGUGCUAGGCGGUGAUUUCUUGCUUGGACGCGCGAGUGCGGCGUUGAGUCGUCUAGGGAGUCACGAGGUAGUAGAGCUCAUCGCGAGCGUCCUCGCUAAUCUCGUAGAGGGUGAGAUUUUGCAGAUGAAAGGGAAUGGUGGGGAAGCUGCAACGUCACCCAGUUCUUCGUCAUCUGUGGGUAGUGACAUAGACCUCAAGGACCUUCAUUCGUCCCCGGCGCCUCCAUCCUCCGAUAAAUGGUCUAUCUAUCUCAAAAAAACUUACCUCAAGACAGCCUCGCUUAUGGCUAAAGGCGCACGGGCUGCUGUUGUUCUUGGAGGAUGUAGAGAAGGUGAAGUGUGGAAGGAGGUCGCGUAUGCUUAUGGGAGGAAUUUGGGUAUUGCAUUCCAGCUCAUAGACGAUACCCUCGACUUUUCGUCCUCCACAGCUCAACUCGGCAAACCCGGCUUUGCAGACCUGCGCCUCGGACUCGCAACAGGCCCCGCGCUCUACGCUGCUGAAGAGUUCCCAGAACUCGAAGGGAUGAUCGGGCGGCGGUUUGGUGGGGACGGGGACGUAGAGAGGGCCCUCACGUUGAUCUCGUCGUCUCGUGGUGUAGAGCGUACGCGUGAGCUAGCGCGUAUACAUGCUGAGAAAGCACGGGAGGUUUUGGCGUUGUUGCCUAGGAGCGAGGCUAGGGAUGCUCUAGAGGGUUUGACGGAGGGUGUUGUUAGAAGGCAGUGGUAG